UCCAGUCACGUAACAGCACUUGGCUAGAAAAUUGCUAGAGAGACAAGAACAUGCAAACAACGACGGCAACAAAAUAGCACAAAUCCCCAUAUAUCUUUUCGAGAGAAAAAAGGUUGUUUUUUUUCCUUCUUUUGGUUAAGUUUUCUUGAUUUUGAGAAUCGAGUAAAAACGUAUAAAUGGUAAUGACGAAGAAGAAAAGGGUGUUAUUUUGUGGUGAAGAAGGAGGAUUAGACAAUGGAAGCUUUUACGGAAGUGCAGGAGGAAGUGAAGAAGGAAAUGGAAUUCAUGAGAAAGAAUUUGAGCAAUUGUCAAGAGAUGAUGCCAGCCGUUUUAGCCUUACUGAUGAGAUUCUUCCUUCUCUCGGCGCCACCGCUCGUAGCAACCGCCGUGUCCUUCUCCGUCGUUUCAUUGUCUCUCCAUUCGACCACCGCUACAGAUUUUGGGUUACUUUCUUGGUAUUUCUAGUUUUCUACACAGCAUGGGUGUCUCCAUUUGAAUUUGGUUACCUUAGCAAACCCAGUGGGGGUUUAGCCAUAGCAGAUAAUGUUGUCAAUGGAUUUUUUGCCAUUGAUAUUAUUUUGACCUUCUUUGUUGCAUACCUUGACAAAAAUUCUUAUCUAUUAGUUGAUGAUCGAAAAAAGAUUGCUUGGAGGUAUGCAAGAACCUGGUUGGUUCUUGAUGUUAUCUCUACAAUCCCAUCUGAACUUGUCAGGGAAAUACUGCCUCAUAAAUUCGAGUCAUAUGGGUACUUUAGUAUGCUUCGCCUCUGGCGUCUCCGGCGAGUUAGUCUCUUUUUCUCAAGAUUGGAAAAGGAUAGGAAGUACAACUACUUUGCAGUUCGAUUCUCGAAGCUCAUAUGUGUUACUCUAUUUGUGGUUCACAUGGCCGGUUGUUUGUUCUAUCGUAUAGCUGCAUAUUACAAGGAUCCAAGUAAAACAUGGAUUGGGUCCGUUUGGGAAGAUUUUCAUACCGAGAGCUUGUGGGUUCGUUAUGUCAAAGCCCUUUACUGGUCUAUAACCACGCUCACUACCACUGGAUAUGGUGAUUUGCAUGCUGUUAAUCACGAUGAGAUGGUAUUCGUCAUGUUCUACAUGAUGUUUGAUCUUGGACUGACAUCGUAUUUGAUCGGAAACAUGACCAAUUUGGUUGUCCAUGCGACCUUUCGAACCAGGCAAUUUAGAGAUACUAUCCAAGCUGUCUCAAGUUUUGCACAAAGGAACCACCUUCCUGUUCGGUUACAAGACCAAAUGCUUGCUCAUUUGAGUCUGAAGUUCAGAACGGAUUCGGAGGGAUUGCAUCAACAAGAGACCAUUGAGUCUCUUCCUAAGGCAAUUCGAUCAAGCAUUUCUAACUAUCUCUUUUAUUCACUUGUGGAUAGAGUGUACUUGUUUCGUGGGGUAUCAAAUGACUUGCUCUUUCAAUUGGUCACAGAGAUGAAAGCUGAAUACUUUCCACCCAAAGAAGAUGUAAUUUUGCAAAAUGAAGCACCGACAGAUUUGUAUAUAUUGGUUACUGGUGCUGUGGAACUUAUCAUGCGGAGGAAUGGAAUAGAGCAGGUUGUUGGUGAGGCGGUGACUGGAGAUGUUGUUGGUGCGAUUGGUCUGCUUUGUUACAGACCACAGUUAUUCACAGUUAGAACCAAACGGUUGAGUCAGCUCCUACGUUUGAACCGAACUGCCUUUUUAAAUAUUGUCCAAUCAAAUGUUGGAGAUGGGACAAUAAUCAUGAACAACCUUCUUCAGUAUUUGAAAGACUCGAAUUUUCCAGAGAUGGAAGGAAUUCUGACGGACACAGAGCACAUGCUGACUCAGGGAAGAAUGGAUUUGCCUCUUACAUUGUGCUUUGCUGCAAUGAGGGGUGACGAUCUAUUGUUGCGUCAGUUGCUGAAACAGGGUUUAGAUCCGAAUGAAUUGGAUGACAAUGGACGAACAGCACUGCAUAUUGCGGCUUCAAAUGGGAAUGAGCACUGUGUAGUCCUACUUCUAGAGUAUGGAGCAGAUCCUAACAUCAAAGAUUCAGAAGGCAAUGUUCCUGUGUGGGAAGCACUGCAAGGGAAUCAUAAAAAUGUAAUUAAACUUCUCUCAGAAAAUGGUGCAGCAAUAACUUCUGGUGAUGUGGGCCAAUUUGCACUUACAGCUGUCGAGCAAAAUAACAUAGAUUUGCUCGAGGAAAUUGCCAAGUAUGGUGGAGAUGUAACACUGCCCGCAACCUGUGGGACCACUGCACUUCAUACUGCAAUCUCCGCAGGAAACACCGAAAUGGUUAAGUUCAUCUUAGACCAAGGAGCUGAUGUUGAUAAGCCAGAUCUCCAUGGAUGGACACCAAGGGCUUUGGCUGAUCAUCAGGGCCAAGAGGAAAUUCAAGGUUUGUUUGAAAAUUGGGUGACGGAAAAUAAGAAAACAGUUCCCACAACUCCAAAGCAUCUAUCGGUUCCAUAUGGUGGGAAGUCCAUUGCAAAGUAUAAUAGUGAACCUACAAUAGCUCCAUUUUCUCCAUCUUUGCAUCAUGAUGUGGCGCCACCUCGAAGGAGAAGAGCAGACAAUUUCCAAAACUCGCUUGUUGGGAUGAUGUCAGUUGCUAGUACUGGUGAGAAUGGCAUGAUUUCAUCUCCAGCCCGUUUUACAGGUUUCCUAAGUUCGAACUAUCCUGCCAGAGUGACUCUCAGUUGUCCCGAUAAGGGUGAAGUUGGUGGAAAACUUGUUGUAUUACCAAAAUCAUUCCAAGAACUACUUGAUAUUGGUGCUAGAAAAUUUGGAUGCAUUGCCACCAAGAUUCUAACCAGAGAAGGUGCUGAAAUUGAAGACAUAGAACUCGUAAGAGAUGGAGAUCAUCUUGUUCUUGUUCCCGGCACUGAAAGCUAAAUAUGACAGAUUGACCUGAAUUCUGAAGUUCAGAUUACCUAUCCAGAAUUCAAGGCGGGCCAAUUUAUUUAUCCAACUUGAGAAAACAUGGCUCCUUGCUUUAUUCUUGUUUUCUCUUUCCAUUUUUCAACAGUUUCCUCCGGAUCAUGUUGUAUAAAUAGAGAAACUGUGAUAGGAAAUAGAAGAUCAUGCAUUACCCAAUCUGAAAAGUUCGCAUGACAUUUGAAAUGUGAAGGUAGUAGGGACCGAAAGGAGUUUUUGAUUAUCGCAGCAAUGCUGACUGGUGAGAGUUCCAUGA